GUUGCACAUUGAAUCAUGAUGUCAGACUCAGCGGACAAGCCUCCAUUCUACCUAACCCCGCAGUUCUUUAGGCGCGCACUGGAGCAUGGCUUGCAGCAGCUCAACCUGCAGGUCCUCGGGGUGCAGCUGACGAAUCUGACGCGUGGCGGAGAGAACUACUGCAGCAACAUCUACCGAGCCCAUAUUCGGUAUCGCAAUGCCAAUAACAGCGUCCUGGAGACAUCGUUGAUCGUUAAGUCCAUGCCUGACGAGAAACAGGCCAUUCUGGCCCGCCUUAACAUUUACAACAAGGAAACCGUCUUCUACAUGAAUAUCAAGCCGAAGUUGGAGACCCUCAUGUGGAUAGCACAUGAUGUUUCUAAUCCCUGGACGUUGGCUGCCAAGCACUACUACUCUACUACUCAGCCGGAGCAGACCAUUGUCUUCGAGGACCUGUGCUCCGAGGGCUACCAGUUGAAAUGCCGCCAGUUGGGACUGGAUUUCGACCACGCGUCUCUGGUAAUGCGGAAGUUGGCCGAGUACCAUGCCCUUACUAUGGUUAUGGCCGAACACGAACCGGAAACGAUCGUAGACCGGUAUCCUUUCGGCCUGCUGCACAUGGACGCCAUAAAGUCGGAGCCUUUCAAGCUGCUUUUCGGAACCCAACUUCUAAAGCUGGCCGCUCUAGUGGGUGAUUGUGAGGGGUUUGGUGCGAUCACCACAAAACUAUACCGGUACCAUGAGCACUUUACAGAACGCGUCUUAAAGGCAGUGUACCCGCUGCGUGGAAGUUAUAAUGUGCUCAAUCACGGCGACCUUUGGGUGAACAACAUAUUUUUCAAGUACGAUUUACAUUACAAGGUGCAGCAGGUAAAACUUAUUGACUUUCAGCUUUGUUUCAACGGCAGUCUGGGCUUUGACAUCAACUACUUUCUUAACACUAGCUUGGAGCUGGAGGUGUUACGUGACCGGCGGCAAGAGCUUAUCGACAUAUACUACAAUAUUCUGGUGGACAACCUACAGCAGCUGCCAUGGGCCAAGCCGCUGCCCAACUAUGACGGCAUCAUGGACGAAAUCCGGAAACGCGAGGCCUACGGUUUCUUUGUGGCCUUUGGCUUUUUUCCGUUGAUGAGCAUGAUCGGAAUAGAUUCAGAGGACAACUCGUUGAAGAACUUCCACAACGAGACAUUCGCCAGGCAGAAAGUUCAGCUCAUGUUUGAAGGUAACACACGAACCCUGGAGAGCUUGAAAUGCACAUUAAAGCGUCUGGACGAUUUAAAGCUGUUUGACUAAUCACAUAAUACAAAGUUUGUGUUUCCAAAUAAAACAUACAGCCAUUAAUUUCCGUUUAAUAAAAUAUUUUCAUCUGUUGCUAUCCCGGCA